AUGGAGAACGAACCGAAAGAACUUUCCAUGGAGGAAAUAAGAAAAUUUAUGGUGCAGAACAACUAUAAGCUAACCAACCACAUGUUGGUGAAGCACUUUCGCAGUUUUCUCACAAACAAAGACACACAAGAUGAAGCCAGAAGACGAUUUAAGGAGUAUGUCAACAAAAUUGCUUCGGUAAAGCACGAAGGCACUGAGAAGUAUCUCGUUCUUCGGCGCAAAUAUUACAACGGUAUACCUCCGGAUGAUUCUGGUCCCGAAACACCGGCACCGAUGAGUCCGGCGUCCCGAUCGUACGGAAUGCUUCCGUCCGAUGGUGAAUCGUCACCGAUGCGGCAACCACCACCAUACCGUCCGCCUCCGGUGGUGUCCCCGGACACGGUGUCAUAUCAGGGUAGUCCUCGUGGCAGUAUCGCUUUGAAUCGGCGCAACAGCUCCGAUUACAUACGCAGUGGUUCAGAAAUAAGCUUCGGUAGUGAAUUUGCCAAUGUUGACGGAAGGAAAGUGAGUGCUUUGCUGGUGCGCAGCAAUAGUAACGAUACUCGUCCGCUUCCACCGGAGGGUGGUCGGAAGCUGAGUGUGGACGUGUUGGCAUCGUAUGAUGAAGGAAUCCCUCCAGCCAUUCCGCCGCGGAAGAGGAUGAGCGAAUCAGGGGGCAGUAUCGCGUCGAAUUCACGUCAAAGUUCUAUCGAUGAAAAAUCGACUAAUUCAGUGAACGAGUGUCAGAGUGAAAAUAAGGAAAAUGUGGCCACUGCUGCGGCAACGGAGGACAGAGGUUCGGUAACGUCGGAAGAAAACAAAUUGAGUGUGAAGGAAAAAAUGAUGAAGUUUAAUCGAUUUGCAUCGGAAGAGGAGGCCAAGAUACCUUCUCCGAUCGGAAAAAAGAAACCGGACAAGAACACCGAGGAAACGAUCAAUGCUGACAACUUGAUGCAACAUCCAAAUGCCAAAGAAUGGUUAAUAGCUGCAGCAAAAUCGGACUAUCAGCUGCUGGCGAAACUGUCCACCGAGCAUCCCAAUUUGGUUAAACUGCAGGAUAUCAGCACGUACACGGCACUGCACUGGGCGGCCAAGCACGGUAACGAGGACGUGGUCAAACUAGUGGCCGGUAAACUGAAAGCCGAUGUCAACGCCAGAACGAACGGGGGUUACACGGCUCUUCACAUUGCCACACAGUUCGGACGGAACGACAUUUUUGAGCUUCUGUGCAACGUGUACAAAGCCGACCGUGACCUGCUCGACUGGAGCGGUAAGAAACCGCUGGAGUACCAGAAACAGAUGACCAGCGUGUCCGACUCAACAUUCAGCAAAAUCAAGGCACGGAAAAAGCAUUCAGAAAAAGACUCCGGCUUCCUGAGGAUUGGUUCCCUGAACGUGCGGGUGAAGAAAACCACCGAAGCGUUCAGCAACUUUCUGGGAGUGGGCACCCACCAAACGCGUAUGCCGUCGACAGCGAUUAGAUCCAGCGCCCCACCGGAUACGCUUUUCAUCGACAAACUGCACAAAACCUGGGGCUCGGCCGAUAACAUACCGAAGGAAGAUUCGGCCAUGCCACCACCGAAGUAUGGACCGGUGAAGAAGCGACGUCAGAAGCGGGACAUCGAGUACGAUCCUAACAGUGAGCACUUUAGUCAGAGUAUGCCGACCACACCGAGCCAGGUACGGGCACCGGUCGGUACGCUGUCGGAAAAUCCCGACGGUGAAUCGAUGGGUGAUUCCGAUUCCGAUACGGCCUGCGGGUUCGAUUCCAACUGGAGACCGACCUACAUUUGA